GCGGUGUGACGUCAGGUCUUUUUGUUUGGGAUCACGCCGUCGACGCUCGCUUCAGUUCCUCUGGUCAACUACCGUUUUUUAUCUGCAUUAAUUUCGGGUGUCUUUUAUGAAUAAUCAAAAGCAGCAGAAGCCUACGCUUACCGGCCAGCGUUUCAAAACGAGGAAAAGAGAUGAAAAGGAGAGGUUUGACCCUACUCAGUUUCAGGAAAGUAUUGUACAAGGCUUGAAUCAAACUGGCACUGAUUUGGAAGCGGUUGCGAAGUUUCUUGAUGCCUCUGGCGCCAAGCUUGACUACCGCCGGUAUGCAGAGACACUCUUUGACAUCCUGGUGGCUGGCGGGAUGCUGGCCCCAGGAGGGACUCUGUCUGAUGACAUGACCCGCACUGAGUACUGCCUUUUCACGGCACAAGAGGACCUGGAGACAAUGCAAGCAUAUGCUCAGGUUUUUAACAAACUGAUCAGACGUUACAAGUACCUGGAGAAGGGUUUCGAAGAGGAGAUCAAGAAGCUGCUGCUGUUUCUUAAAGGGUUCACUGAGUCUGAGCGCAACAAACUUGCCAUGCUGGCCGGCAUCCUGCUGGCCAACGGCAGCAUAUCAGCCUCCAUCCUGAACAGCCUCUUCAACGAGAACCUCGUCAAGGAGGGAGUCUCUGCAGCCUUCGCUGUCAAGCUGUUCAAGUCGUGGAUCAACGAGAAGGAUAUCAACUCUGUUGCCGGCAGUCUCCGUAAAGUGGGCAUGGACAACAGGCUGAUGGAACUCUUCCCUGCCAACAAACGGAGCUGUGAGCAUUUUUCUAAGUACUUCACUGACGCCGGGCUGAAGGAGCUGUCCGACUUCGCCCGCAACCAGCAAUCCAUCGGCGCCCGCAAGGAGCUGCAGAAGGAGCUGCAGGAGAUGAUGAACCGCGGUGACCCUCAGAAGGAGAUCAUCGCCUUCACCAAGGAGGAGAUGAAGAAGGCCAACCUCUCUGAGCAGGCCAUGAUCAGCAUCAUCUGGACCAGUGUGAUGAGCUGCGUGGAGUGGAACAAGAAGGAAGAGCUGGUGACCGAACAAGCCAUCAAACACUUGAAGCAAUACAGCCCUCUGCUGAAAGCCUUCACCUCCCAGGGUCUGUCUGAGCUCAGCCUGCUGCUGAAGAUCCAGGAGUACUGCUACGACAACAUCCACUUCAUGAAGGCCUUCCAGAAGAUCGUGGUGCUCCUCUACAAAGCGGAUGUAUUGAGCGAAGAGGCCAUACUGAAGUGGUACACCGAGGCCCACGUCGCCAAGGGGAAGAGCGUUUUCCUCGAGCAAAUGAAAAAGUUUGUCGAGUGGCUCAAGAACGCCGAGGAAGAGUCAGAAUCGGAUGAAGAGGAGGCGGACUGAAUCCUCCAUCGCCAGAUGAGCUUCUUCCUUUUUUUUUUUCCUUCCCCUUUUCCUUUCUUUUUUCUUUUUUUUUUGUUUUGUUUUUGGAAUAGCAGCAGGAGCAGUAGAAUGUCGUUGCCCUUCUUUCUCUUCUACCUCCUGUUACUUAUUUAUCCCCAGAAACGCUCGUGCACACACACUAGAACCACUCAGACAUCUAAACAGUAUUUAAACAAAGCGCAUAAGGGCUCAGUCCUUCACUCACAACUUGUCAAGUGUUCAAAUGAUAAAUUAACCUUUUUUUUUUUUUUUUUUUUUGUAUCGCCUACUGUAAUUUGGAGACAAACAUUCCACGUGAUCUCGAUGUGAAUCCGAAGUUGGAUUUGGUUGAUAAAGUUUGCCUUCAUGCCACACGACUAUGAAGCCGAAAGAAAUGUAAUCAGUUUUGCCAAAGUUUCUCUCUCUCUUCCCCCUCACACUCCCCUUAAAGUUUUUGUUUUCCAUUGCCCUGCUCAUGUUCGGCUCUGUUCAGUCUUGCAUUUGGCCUCCCUGAUUUUCGGGUAAACAUGUACUGCCUGUCGAGGUCGCUCUGUUCGGUCUGUUGGAAGACACGCCCCCUGUAAGAUGCCUCGCCAGCUACCUGAUUAUUGGUUUCUACUUUCUUUAAUCUGAUAUAAACCAAUUUGACUUUUUUAUGAAAUAAAGAUUAUUGAAAUGAU